AUGGUAGCUUUGCCUUUGGACAAUUACAACACAACAACGCCCUUGUGGAAGAGAAAAUCGGUAGGUGCAAUCGGAGCGAUUGUGGCUCUCUUAUUGGUUCUUUUAACUACUGACCUCUACAGCCACCUCAAGGUUGCGCUUCUUCCUUUAGAUACCUCGGACUCGUUGUGUCCCUUGUAUGAGCCUAUUUUCCCGAAGUCGUUUUCUGUGGACAAUUCGACUGUUCUCGACAUUUUGUAUGGAGAAGACUUUAGAAAUGCAUCUAUUGCCAAGUUGGCAGGAGCCAUUCAAGUAGAUACACAAAUCUUUGACAACCAGCCAGAUGUGCCAGACUCGCCAGAGACAUGGGCAAAAUUCAAGAAGUUCCACAAAUACUUGGAAAAGACGUUUCCUAUCGUCUACAAGAACUUGCAAGUUGAAAAAGUCAACACCUACGGUUUGGUCUACUUCUGGAAAGGUUCUGACGAUAGCUUGAAACCUUUGAUGUUAACUGCUCACCAAGACGUGGUUCCAGUUCAGCAGGAUACACUUAAAGAUUGGACUUAUCCUCCAUUUGAGGGCCAUUACGACGGUGAAUUCAUUUAUGGAAGAGGUGCUGCGGACUGUAAGAAUGUGUUGAUCUCCAUCUUGGAGACGAUAGAAUUGUUGUUGAAGAAGGGCUACCAGCCACAGAGGUCGGUUAUCGCUGCAUUUGGCUUUGAUGAAGAAGCAUCAGGUGUGGUUGGUGCUGCUAAGAUUGGUCAGUACUUGGAAAAGACUUAUGGUAACGACUCUGUGUAUGCCAUUAUCGAUGAGGGUCCAGGCUUGUUGCUUGACCCUCUCACCAAGACCAUAUUGGCUGCUCCUGGUACUGGAGAAAAGGGCUAUAUCGACAUUGACGUUGAAUUGACUACCCCUGGUGGCCAUUCUUCCGUUCCUCCUGACCAUACCUCCAUUGGUAUCAUUGGAGAGUUAACCUAUUUGAUAGAAAAGGAUCCUUACUCUCCACUCUUGACUUCCAAGAAUCCAAUCUUGAGCUACAUGCAAUGUGCAGCUCUUCACGACCCUUAUGACAACAUCCCUAGGUACUUGAAGGGUGCGAUCUUGAGAGCUGCUCACGAUAGAUUUGCAAAUUCUCGUGUGGUCAAGACAAUGCAACAAAGCAAGCUCAUGAAGUACUUAGUACAAACGUCUCAGGCUAUAGAUAUUGUGAAAGGCGGGGAAAAGGCAAAUGCCUUGCCUGAGCACGUCAAGUUGUUGGUCAAUCACAGAGUCAAUAUCGACUCUUCUCUUGAAGAAGUCAAACAUCGUUUCGUUUCCAGAGUCGUAGAAGUCGCAAAAAGACAUAACUUGGCUGUAGAAGCUUUUGGUGAGUUGGUUCUUGACACCAAGAAUAACUCUGGUGUGUUUGUACUCAAUUCUCAAACUCCGUUGGAUAUUGCUCCAGUAACUCCUUUGAAUGACAACGUGUGGAAAUAUCUUGCAGGUGUUACCAGACAUGUCUUUGAAGACUUGGUGUUCCCUGAUAUCGAGUAUCCAAUUGUCACUUCUCCUUCUAUAAUGACUGGAAACACUGAUACCAGGCACUACUGGAACUUGACGAGAAACAUCUUUAGAUACUCACCUCUUUUUACCAGCGAUAUGAUCCAUGACACUAACAUUCAUAGUGUGGAUGAGAAGUUGAAGUUUGACACUCACUUGCAGUUGACGGCAUUUUUUUACGAGUACAUCCAAGCCGUGGAUACUGCCGAGGCUGAUAAUGAGAACUAG